AUGCCGGGAGUGACUCAUUGGCACCAUCAAAACUUCUACGCCUAUUUUCCCACAGUUGGAUAUAACUCCUUCUUUUUUGAGACAUUCUGGGUGUCGUCUCAGAGACUCUGGGCUUCCAGUCCCGCCUGCACUGAGCUGAAAAGUGUGAUCAUGGACUGGCUGGCCAAGGAGAUUGGACUACCAGAACAUUUCUGGUCUUCAUCUGACUCAGGGGGAGGAGUGGUGAUUCACUCUACUGCUAGUGAGGCCACAAUGUUCGUCGCCAGAGACAGAGAUAUCAAAGAUGGAAGAAAAUGUGAUUUCGAUUUGAUACUGAUUCAGUUCGACUGUUCAGCUGUCUGGAUCAAAUACAAGGUCAAACUGAAACACAUCCGGACUUCGAUCCAGAUGGCAGACUACUUCGCCAACUUAGUGACCAGCAACGACAACUUUGAGCUAUUUCGACCAUAG